AUGAAUGAUGCCAAUGGUCGUUUGAGCAGCGGCCAUGAGCUCUCUGAAUAUGGAGAAUCAAUCGACCUUGGAGCAAUAACCGGAACCGACCAUGGCGAAAUGUUCCAACCCACCUUACCGACAGAUGGUUCUUCGCAUCUCCCUUCUAGUCAGUUACAGAGGCCGUUGAUGAUCCACAAAGUACUCCGCUACCCUCCCCAGGGUUCAUUGGAAAUCAGGCCAACAUCAUGGUUAGACGGAGCGGCACGGCCGUAUGCUUGUUCUUUGUCCUGUCUGGCUAUGUCCUUACCCAGAAGUCUCUUCGUAUGCCCGGCUGUUGCUUCAUCCCUUUUCCGCAGAGGGUUGAGAUUGUAUCUGCCACCAUUCCUCCUUACCUUCUGCGAGAUGCUUGCAACGCGCUGUGGCGUGUCGCCACCCUUAAAUUUCAUGUUCAUUCCCGAGCCUACUUUUUUGGCCCAGUUCGUGGAUUGGCUCGAGGAAAUAAAUCGCUUUGUCAACCCUGUCUACAACUUCCCGAGCGCAGUUCAAGGAUCUGCAAUUGGUAUGAAAUACGAUCCCGUGGUGUGGACUCUCCCCCUAGAGUACUAUGGCUCGUUAUUGUGUUAUAUGCUCUUGUUUGUAUUUGUGUGGAUCGAAAAAGUUUGGCUUAGGAUGGGGUUGCUAAUAUUCUUCUCGGGGUCUCUCCUCCUUAUGGGGAGCUGGAACUUCUUUUGCUUUCUUGCGGGCAUGUCGAUCGCAGAUUUCCACCUGAUCCAAGAAGAAAAUGAUCAGAAACCAUCUAUCAAACACGGAGUUAUAUGGACCAUCUUAUUUGCAAUGGCAUUCUACGUGGCAGGUCUGCCAUCCCUCUGGUCCCCAAUAGCAAGGAUGCAGCCUAUGCCUGGGUUUGAAACCCUCCACGCUCUCACCCCUAUGAAUCUAAGCAUGGAAGACCCUUCCCGCUUCUGGUGGUCGAUAUCUGGGGUCCUUCUGCUGCUUGCCAUCUCCCAACUGCCGCGACUUAAAAAGCUUUUUGAAACUAAUUUCUGCCAAUAUAUGGGGAAGAUCGCCUUCUCACUCUACUUGAUACAUGAAUUCUGCCUUGAACUUUUCGGCCACAGCCUUCAAAACUUUAUGAUGCGUCUCACGGGUCUGGAACCAACCGCAGGCACUUUUGGUUACUGGCUGCUCUGCGUAAGGAUCGUUUCCGUCGAAGCUCGUUCAGUCGUCAUUUACAGUGAUGUCUACCCCGGUGGUGACAAAAUACCUCUAAUCGGA